AUGAAGCCCAUCACCGUUUGGUUGACCCCUGCUGGUCCGAAUGCCUGGAAGGUCAUCACCAUCAUGAUCGAGCUUGGAGUGCCUUACGAGCUCAAGUCUUUCAAGCACGACGAUGUCAAGAAGCCGCCAUUUACCGACCUCAACCCCAAUGGUCGAGUUCCAGCAAUCGUCGACCCCAACACGGAUUUGACACUCUGGGAGUCUGGGGCAAUUGUCCAGUAUCUGAUCGAGGUCUACGACACGGAAAAGAAACUCACCUAUGACACUUUUCACAAGAGGCACCUCUUGAACCAAUACCUUCAUUUUCAGAUGAGUGGCCAAGGACCAUACUUUGGCCAAGCUGGAUGGUUCAACCAUCUUCACGGAGAAAAGAUUCCUUCAGCCAUUGAACGAUACGAAAACCAAGUCUUGAGAGUGAUUGAGGUGCUGGACGGCAUUCUCAAAGAUAGAGACUGGCUUGUCGGCGACAAAUGCACCUUUGCUGACCUUUCGUUUCUCCCCUACAACGACCGCAUCGACAUGCUUGUGCUGUCCAAGCCGAUCGAUGAGAUUAGGUCACAGUAUCCGUAUUUCGCUGCCUGGCAGGGUCGAAUGGUGGAGAGAGAUUCAUGGAAGAAGGCCAUGGAAACGAGGAAUCAACUCAUGGACGAGCAGGGUUUGAUGCCGAACGGUAUGCCUAAGGGUAUUACCAGUAUGGCCCAAUACGAAAAACAUAUAGCCAAGGUGGCCGAAGAGAAGAAGGAUUAACACUACUUGCCGAGGUAGAAUUCUUUUCCGUCUGAUAGGUCAUGCAACUCCUCAUCCUUCCAUUCACAAAA